AUGGCUCUCGGCGCAAGAAACAGAAUCGGUAUCGCAAUGGGUCGCUUCCCACAUUUCAAGGACAGUGGUGGUCUGCAUGUUCCUCGUAGCCACCUGUCGAGGCCAAAUGUGGGUGAUUCGCGCGCAAUUCCUUUACGAACGGACUUCCUGAGGCGUGAGCAGUACGGUGGAGAUACAGAUCAAAAAAAGCAAGGAACAAAAUUUGAGAAGAGCGAAUUUUCCAUGCGCGAAGCGUGA